UCACUGGAAGUAGAGUAAGGAAGCGAAUGACAUUCUCAGCAAUACUGAUUUUCGUUAGUCAUUUUUUAUUAAAAUUUUCCUCGGUUUUGCAAAAUAGCCAAAUUCUUUGGUCGAAAAAUACAAAUUAAACUUUCUUAAAUUAAGAAGAAGAUAUGAAAAAGAAAUUCAGUUGAAUGUAAAUUUUAAAAAGUGCACUUUGAGAGCGUUAAAAGUGCAAGGAAUAAUCCAAAUAAGAAGAGAGUAAAAAAAAAACAAUAAUACUUAGCGAAAAUCGAUUGAGAAACACUUCAAUAAUUAAAAACUGUCAGUUUGUUAAUACGCAGUGAAAACUGUAAAUUAGUAUUUCAAUUGGAUUGUAGCGGAAUACGCGUGUGAGAUGGGGCUAUUUGGACAGUCGACACCAUUUGAUGCAGAUAUUGAGAAAUCAACCAGUGAAACAAAUACAAACGAAAACUGGUCUCUCAUAUUGGAUGUGUGUGAUAAAGUUUCGUCCAAUCCGCGCAGCUCCAAAGACUGCUUGAAGGCAAUUAUGAAACGUAUGGGUCAUGCCGACCCUCAUGUGGUAAUGCAGGCUUUAACACUUCUGGACGCAUGUGUGAAUAAUUGUGGUAAACCUUUUCAUUUGGAAAUUGCCUCACGCGAUUUCGAAAAUGAAUUUAGGCGUUUAUUAUCAAAAGCACAGCCAAAAGUAUCGUUGAAAAUGCGUCAAUUGCUUAAAAACUGGGCUGAAAAUGAUUUUAAAAGCGAUCCGGAAUUGAAUUUAAUACCGUCGCUUUAUAAUAAGCUACGGCAUGAAGGCUUUGAUUUUAGUAAUCUCAACGAAAAGCCGCCAAAGUCGGCUACAAAAAUUACCGCUUUAAAGGAUCCAAAUGUGGUGAGCAGUCAGCAAGAGGAGGAUGAUAUUGCCAAAGCUAUUGAGUUAUCGCUGAAGGAGGCGAAAAGUAGUCCAAAGCAUCAAAGCAGCAGCAGUGUUGCUCCAGGUUCGACUGUUUCUUCUGCUUAUCCAUCAUUGUAUCCGUCGUUUUCGGGAUCUGGGUCAAUGGCCAGCAUUAUUUCUACCGGAGGUGCAUCAAAUAACUCUACAAAUUCACAGGCCGAACCGCGCAAAGUGCGAGCCUUGUACGAUUUCGAAGCAGCCGAGGAGAAUGAGUUGACAUUCUUCUCCGGUGAAAUUAUACAUGUGCUGGAUGAUUCAGAUCCAAAUUGGUGGAAGGGCUAUAAUCAACGCGGUGAAGGUCUGUUCCCAUCGAACUUUGUAACUGCAGAUUUGUCGGUUGAUCCAGAGCGUUUGGAUAUUAAUCAACAUAAUAAAACGAAAAAGAGUGUGCAAUUUGAGGAUGAUGCCAAAGCGUUGCAAUUAAAGACUGAAGCUGCCGCUGCGGCAGUGGCAGAACAACCAAUCGAGAUCGAUGAAGUAAAAAUCGAUCGCCUUUUGCAUCUGCUGCACGAGGCGAAUCCGGAAGAUCCAUCGCAAGAUAGCGAAGAAAUGUUGCGCUUAGAGCAGGAAGUACACCAGAUGGGCCCACUGAUUGAUGCCGAGCUGGAACGUGUUGAUCGUAAGCAUGCACAACUAACGCAACUAUCCAGCGAUUUGGUGGACGCCAUCAAUCUUUACCAUUCGUUGAUGCGAAAUGAUCGUUUGGGACUUCCAGGUGGUCCUGCAUCUGGGGGCUAUAUGGGUGGUAUACCAUCCAUGGCAGGGGCAAUGCCGGGUCUGGGUUAUCAAGAUGUGCCGAACCCACAAAUUUUAUACACUGGAACUGGUUAUCCAGGCAAUACCAAUUUUCCUUCACAUAUGCAGCAACCCCAGCACAUUCCAACUCAUAGUUACGGUAUGCAAUCGCUGUCCUAUGUGAAUACAGGACAGUUACCCGGCAAUGUUGCGCCUGUAUCUACACAAAAUUUAAUAAAUCAAAAUGUGGCUUCAACAGCAGCAUCAGUACCGGCUGGCGGCUACUCCAUACCUCUACAAUAUCAGAAUGGGCAUGUACACUCGGCACAAAUUAACGGAAACGGUUCUGCAGCUGUUGGAAUAAAUGCACUGCCUACAUCUAUGACUUCGUUAACAUAUGGAAGUGUAGCUUCUCAGUUGCCCGCAACAUCUUCAGAGCCAACAACCACUUCUGAUCACCAACAAAUGCCCCAAUCAACUGUGACUGGUGCUGUUUCAGCUCCUGUGAGUGUCUAUAACCCGGGUUCUCAGCUUUCUCAAAUGGGUAAUAUGCAGUCCAUGCAGCCAUUGCCACCCAUCUCACAAUUUCCGAACGGACAGAUGGCCCUAAAUGGAGCACCAAAUCAAAUAACUGAUGGUAUUAAUGUUUUGACGCCCGAUCAACUGCAGCAGCAGCAUCAACAACUUCCCCAUCACCUCCAACAUCCACAACAGUAUGGCCAUCUACCAAAUGCAAUAUCGCAGCCAUCACAAAAUGCGUUUAUGGCAGGCCCACCAGGCUUGAUCCCUCCCAACCGUGCUAUGCAUAACCCAGCAAACGGUGCUGACCAAUACAGCCAAUUGCAACAUCAGAUGGCUGCAAUUUCUCUGGCAAGUGGAGUUAACCAGCCGGUAACACAGAAUUUCCUUGUACAAAAUGAUCCAAAAUAUAAUAUUCCAAUUUACCAGCAGCAACGGUAAGACGUUGGUUGGCAAUCGAGGUAACGACAUUAAAACUUUUCUACUCGUCCUCCUUUUGUUACAAAAUAUAUAUUAACAUCGUGGCAUGCAUCUCAAUGGAUAGCAGACGUUCUUAGUGAACAUAGAAAUAGUUGAGCAAUGCAUUCACAUUGCAAAUAAGUUCAUUUGAUUUGUUAUUUUACGUCAUUUAAAAGCCCUGUCUCACGAAAAUGUAUUUUGAUAUUGUUAUUUUCCCUCUUUAUUUAUGCAUUUUUCUUAGUCGCAAUGAACGAAUGAAUGUUAUGUAUUUUUUUUUAAUUGUUUUAAAUUGGGGACUAACGUUUUGUUUCCUAUCUUGAUUACUUGUGCUGGCAAACGUUAAAAAAGAAGUUAUACUAGAAGAAAUGUGCGACCAUAUGCACUUUGUGCUCUUUAUUCUUUAAAGCGAACGUAUGUGACCAAAUUUAAAAAAGAGAGAACACUAGCAGGAUUUAUGUUAACCCUACAUCUAAAUAAACUAUGAUACUUUAUAAUGUACAAUA